UACUUUUUUUUUACAGUUUCAUUCUGUUUUAAUGACCGAAUGUCAGUAAGAAUAAAAUAACGUUUAGAUAUAAAUCUGCAUACGCGAUGGACAUCGGUUAUAUUUAUCUUUGAAAGCUCAUUUAAAGACAUCUCGAGUAAAACAGUUUAACGGUUGCUUUAAUGGAGCACGAGUUCAAACUGCUGCAUCCUCGUCGUAUAUGAAGUUUAAUGCAUUUUAUCAGAAGAGAUUAGAUUUCAGUUGCAUGUCUAUGAAGAAUGAGAGGCCAAUGGAUCCACCAACAGCAUUUAAGAGAUCAGACGUAAUGGAACCCGUUUGUAAAAAGAUAAGGUUUGAGCAAUCUGUGAAUCAACCACAAUAUGUGUGUCCUCAAUUCAGCCGUGACUCUAAAAUUAAUGAAGUCCUGAACACAUUUAAAUCAAAUCUGAGAGAGAAGUUUCAGUGUUUGUUUCCAGGAACAUCAAAGCAGAGAAACUCAACACUACUGAAUGAGAUCUACACAGAGCUCAACAUCACAGAGAUUAAAAGUGGAGAGGCAGAGGAGACACCAAUCAAAUGUAAUGACAUCUUUAAACCUUUACCUGAACAAGACACACACAUCAGAAGUGUGCUGACAAAGGGAGUCGCUGGCAUUGGAAAAACAGUCUCUGUACAGAAGUUCAUUCUGGACUGGGCUGAAGAGAAAGAGAAUCAGGACGUCCACCUCAUAUUUCCACUUCCUUUCAGAGAGAUCAAUUUGAUGAAGGACAAAACACUCAGUCUUUUAGAUCUUCUUCAUCUUUUCUUCCCAGAGAUAAAAGAAAUGGAAAUCUUCAGUGAUGAAUAUAAAGUGUUGUUCAUCUUUGAUGGUUUGGAUGAGUGUCGUCUGUCUCUGGAUUUUCACAGCAGUGUGAGGUUGUGUGAUGUACGUAAAUCAACCUCAGUGAACGUGAUGCUGACAAACCUCAUCAAGGGGAAUCUGUUUCCCUCUGCUCACAUCUGGAUCACCUCCAGACCAGCAGCAGCUGAUCUCAUCCCCUUUCUGUGUGUUGAUCGAGUCACAGAGGUACGAGGCUUCAGUGAUCCACAGAAGGAGGAAUACUUCAGGAAGAGAAUCAGUGAUGAGAGUCUGUCUGAUCAAAUCAUCUCACACCUGAAGUCAUCCAGAAGUCUCUACAUCAUGUGUCACAUCCCAGUCUUCUGCUGGAUUUCAGGCACUGUUCUAGAGAGAAUAUUGAGUGAAACAAAAAGAGGAGAGAUCCCCAAGACUCUCACUCAAAUGUACACACACUUCCUGAUCAUUCAGAAGGACUACGAGAAGAAUAAAGACAUGAUCUUCAAAAUUUGUAAACUGGCUUUUGAGCAUCUUCUGAAAGGCAAUCUGAUCUUCUAUGAUGAAGACUUGAGAGAGUGUGGCAUUGAUGUAUCAGAAGCAUCAGUGUACUCAGGAUUGUGUACUCAGAUCUUCAGAGAGGAGUUUGGUUUGUGUCAGAGGAAAGUUUACAGCUUUUUUCAUCCGAGCAUUCAGGAACAUCUAGCAGCUCUACAUGUGCACCUCUCUUUUAUGAAUAACAACAUAAGUGUGUUGCAUGCAUUUAAAAUGAAUCAAAGUUGUAAGCCUUCAAUACCUGAUCUGUAUCAUAGAGCUAUAGAUGAGACUGUGAAGAGUAAAAGUGGACAUCUGGAUCUCUUUCUUCGUUUUUUUCUGGGUUUGUCACUGAAGUCGCAUCAGAAUCUCAUACCAGGUCUGAGGUUACUGACAUGCUACAACUGUCUAAUCAAUUCGAAAACGAUCAAAUACAUAAAAGAGAAGAUCAGGAAGAAUCCUUCACCAGAGAAAUCCAUCAAUCUGUUUCAGUGUCUGAAUGAACUGGGUGAUGUUUUACUAGUGAAGGAAAUCCAACAAUAUCUGACAUCUAUAACAUUAAGUAACAUCAAACUCUCUUCAUAUCAGUGGUCAGCUAUAGUUUCGGUGAUGCUGACAUCAAAACAGGAGCUAAAGAAGUUUAAUAUGAAUCCGUUUGUUAAAGGAAUCAAUGCUGAAUCACUGAAAGUUCUUAAGGAGCUGCUGCCUGUGAUUUGUGAAUCCAGAUCAAUUCAGUUAAUUUCUUGGAAUAUCACAGAUGAACGAUGUGUUGCUCUGUCUUCAGCUUUGAGAUCAAACCCAUCACAUCUGAGAGAACUGAAUCUGGGUAAUAAUAAACUGAAAGAUUCAGGAGUGAAGCUGCUCUCUGACGUACUGAAGAAUCCUCAAUGUAAACUGCAGAUACUGAAGUUGAAUUCUUGUAAUAUCACAGUUGAAGGUUGUGCUGCUCUGACUUCAGCUCUGAAAUCAAACCCAUCACACCUGAGAGAACUGAAUCUGUCUAAUAAUUAUCUUGGAGAUUCAGCAAUGGAGCAUCUCUCUGAUCUACUGGAGCAUCCUGACUGUAAACUGGAGAAACUCUGGUUAAUUUCUUGGAAUAUCACAGAUGAACGUUGUGUUGCUCUGUCUUCAGCUUUGAGAUCAAACCCAUCACACCUGAGAGAACUGAAUCUGAGUAAUAAUAAACUGAAAGAUUCAGGAAUAAAGCUGCUCUCUGACGUACUGAAGAAUCCUGACUGUAAACUGCAGAUACUGAAGUUGAAUUCUUGUAAUAUCACAGUUGAAGGUUGUGCUGCUCUGACUUCAGCUCUGAAAUCAAACCCAUCACACCUGAGAGAACUGAAUCUGUCUAAUAAUUAUCUUGGAGAUUCAGCAAUGGAGCAUCUCUCUGAUCUACUGGAGCAUCCUGACUGUAAACUGGAGAAACUCUGCUUGAGUGUUUGUAAUAUCACAGAUGAAGGUUGUGUUGCUCUGUCGUCAGCGCUGACAUCAAACCCAUUACAUCUGAGAGGACUGAGUCUGUGUAAUAAUAAACUUGGAGAUUUAGGAGUGAAGCUGCUGUCUGCUGUACUGGAGAAUACUCGCUGUAAACUGGAGAUACUGAAGUUGAAUGCUUGUAAUAUCACAGAUGAAGGUUGUUUUGCUCUGACUUCAGCUCUGAGAUUAAACCCAUCACACAUGAGAGAUCUGUUUUUGUCUCAUAAUAAUCUGGGAGAUUUAGGAAUGAAGCUGAUCUCUGAUCUGACAAAUGAUUUAAAUUACAAACCGAAAAAACUAAGAAUCAUAGUAAAGAAGAACUCAUAACAAGAGUUGAAAAUGUAAGAUGGUGUCAAACCCGGACAAAUGACUUCAAAUGGCCGGAUCCACAGGGAGACAUUUUUCAGAAAAAUUACAUUCAUGUUGAAUCAACAUCUGAAAACUCUUUCAAAUAAUUCACAUCUACCCCCAAGAAGGCCACCAUCAUGGUUUGGGGACAAAGUCUCACACCUCACCAAGCUGUUCAGCUCUCAGGACAAACUGUAUGUGAUAUGCUGCAUUCUGCAUGCACAGAUUGUCUGAAACUGGUUUUGUUUGAAGAAUUCAUAUGAAGUAUUUUAAUGCAAGCGGUACAAUUUGGUUGAUUAAUAUAACAACAGAAUUCAAUAUUAAAAUGUAAUAAUACAUUAAGCAAACCUCACUCAGUGCUGAUAGACACCUCCCCUAUUAGGCAUAAACCAAUCACCUACUGUAUGCAAAUUAACUGUAAGAUUUACAAAAGUACACAAUAUGAAGUUUUCCAGACAGUGCUUACAUUAGUCCCAGACUGAAAUGCACAUUUGAGCUACCUUAAUAUAAAAACAUCUUGCACUGGCAUAUUUCAACAUUUUUCAGUGACUUUAUUUCAUCCUAAGAUGCACAUCAGUAUUGUUUAUUUGUUAGGUAUGUUUGUAAAAACUACUUAAGUGUCCCAAUAUAACUAGGCCUGGUCCUGGAUUAAUCUAAACCCUUUCUGGGAAACUGUGCCAAUGUGUUCAUGUAUGCUUUAAUUGUAAUGCAUUUCUUUAUAUAAUAUUUGUGUUGACAUAUUUUUGUAUAUUCAUGUUUAAAAAAAGAUUUUGUACAAUCAGCAAAAGAAAAUAAAUGAGUCCAUAUCUGUGACAAG